UAUGUAUUCGGGCGAGGCCGCUCUUGACUCUUUGUCGUUUUCCCCAACUUUCUGUCCUAUUGCUCACAUCUGUCCUGGCCUUGGAUCACGAUUCUUCGGGGGUAACAAUUGGAUCUCCGCGUUGCUGGCCUUCAUUUCCAGGUUGACCGUCGACCAUCAGCCAAGGAGUAGUGCGAGCGAGACCGAGCAGGCGGAUAACGGGCACCAUGGUCGAAGAACAUCCUAUCCCUCGAAAGCUAUGGGUGCACCCGGACCCCCAAAGUACAGAGAUGUACAAGUUCAAGACGCGACUGCAGAAGAAGCUCGGUCGGACGUUCGAGAGUUACGACGACAUGUACGACUGGUCGUGCUCGAAUCGUUCCGACUUCUGGAAGUUUGUCCUCGAGUGCUUCCCGGUGGUCUACUCUGGUACAGUCCCAGACAAGGUUGUCGACGAGUCUGCUCGGAUGGACUCUAUUCCGCGCUGGUUCCCCGGCGUGAAGAUGAAUUUUGCCCAGAAUAUACUCUUUUCUGGUGACGCCAACGGCAAGCCCGUCAUCGACGCAGCCAAGGCUGAUGACAAGGUGGCCUGCACCCAGGUACGAGAGGGCAGUUUCCUCGAACCGAUCCGUUAUUUUACCUGGAAGGAACUGCGGCAGAGAGUGGGCAGACUAUCGCAAGCAAUGAAGGCUCAAGGGGUCAGCAAGGGCGAUCGGAUUGCCAUUGUGGCUAGCACGAGUAUCGAUACAUUGACCGUGUUUCUUGCUACGACGACCCUCGGUGCGCUGUUUAGUUCGAGUAGCACCGACAUGGGUGUAAAGGGAAUUCUGGAUCGCUUGACCCAGAUCAAGCCGAAAUACUUAUUCAUGGAUGACUGGGCGGUGUACAACGGAAAGAAGGUGGACUUGAAGCCAAAGAUGAAAGACAUCAUGGCUGGAAUGGAUGGCAUCACUGAGUUUCAAGGUAUUGUGACACAGGCUCGAUUUGAUCAUUCGCCUGCCGACGUGUCGUCCGUCCCUCGGGCGCAGACGUGGUCGAACUUUCUCUCUGCUGCCAAGUCUUCAGUUCUCGAGUUUGAGCCGACCAAUUUCUCGGACCCGUUCUUGGUCGUGUAUUCUUCAGGGACCACAGGUCAGCCGAAAUGCAUCGUCCAUGCGAUUGGUGGCGUGGUGCUCAAUGGGCACAAGGAAGCCGGGCUUCAUUGCCAGCUCGGGCCUGAGUCGACGCAACUCCAAUACACAACCACCGGGUGGAUCAUGUAUAUGGCGAGCGUCCAGGCGUUGCUGAGGGGAUGUCGAAUGUUGAUGUACGAUGGAAGUCCAUUUGUGCCUAAUAUCACGAACUUCGUCAAACUCCUUGGCCAGGAGAAGGUGACUCACCUGGGUAUAAGCCCGAGAUAUAUGCAGACCUUACAGGCAAACAAGAUUGCGCCAAAGGAAGUGACGGAUUUGAGCAAUUUGAAAUUGGUGACGAGUACGGGGAUGGUGCUGUCAGAACAGCUCUUCGAGUGGUUCUAUGAUCAAGGCUUCCCUCCUUCAGCCCAACUGGCCAACAUUUCGGGAGGCACGGAUUUGGUGGGAUGCUUUGGGUGCGGCAAUCCCAUCCUUCCAGUUUACUCCGGUGGUUGCCAAAGUCGCUCUCUCGGGAUCCCUGUCAAAGUCUGUGAUCAGACAAUCGAGGGUGGUAAAGCCGUCGAGGUCGAGGACGGCGUGCCUGGCGAAUUGAUUUCUUAUGCGGCCUUCCCUACCAUGCCAAUCACUUUCCUAGGAACGAAUGGACCAAAGCGAUACUUCGACAGCUAUUUUGCUCGCUUCGACAAUGUCUGGACCCAUGGCGACUUCAUCAUGAUACAUUCCGUGACGAAACAGGUCAUGUUCCUCGGUCGGUCCGACGGCGUGCUGAAUCCGAGUGGUGUGCGAUUCGGGUCUGCGGAGAUAUAUAACAUCCUUGAGUCUAAGUUUGCAGACAAGAUCAGCGACAGCAUUUGUGUUGGGCAGAGGAGACCCACGGAUGACGAUGAGCGGGUGGUGCUGUUCUUGUUGAUGAAGCCUGGUCAUGAGUUCACGCCAAAAUUGAUCAGAGAGGUCAAGGAGGCAAUCCGAAAAGAAACCAGUCCCAGACAUGUACCCAAGUUUGUGUUUGAAACGAAAGAUAUUCCGACCACUGUCAAUCUUAAGAAGGUUGAAUUGCCGGUGAAGCAAAUUGUGUCCGGCAAGGUGAUCAAGGCAUCUGGGACGCUUGCAAACCCCGAAAGUUUGGACUAUUAUUACAGAUUUGCGAAGGACGAGAACCUGGUGGAUUUGGCCGAUCCAAAGGCGAAACUGUAAACAUGUUAUGCUUUACUCCGAGGAAGGCAGCGAAAUAGAUGGUGGGUUCCCAGUAGAUGUAGACACCGACCAGGGCGUAUGGAAAGUGCGAUUGCAUCCAACUUUGGUGAGGAGGGUAACAAGCAAGAACCUGCUCGCAACUUGCACUCUCGUCAGGAGAAUUGAGGCUCAAUCGUCUCGGUCAACCUGGCUGCAGAACCUGACG